GUCCGUCGGUGAAGCGGUCCGGGUGUGUGAGCGAACUGAAGCCGACGUUGGACGCGUUUCUGCUCAGAUCUGCGUGUUGAAGCUUUAAUAACCGACACUUCCUGGAGGAACACCUGGGCAGGUGGAGGAACUGUCUGCUCAUGGCUCACAUCACCAUCAACCAGUACCUGCAGCAGAUCUACGAGGCCAUCGAUAACCACGAGGGUUCCUUCUGCGCUGAGCUCCUGUCCUUCAAACACCCGCACGUGGCCAACCCCCGCCUCCAGCUGGCGAGUCCAGAGGAGAAAUGUCAGCAGGUUCUGGAGCCGCCGUAUGACGAGAUGGUGGCGGCUCACCUCAGGUGCACGUACGCGGUGGCCAAUCACGACUUCGUUGAGGCCUACAAGUUCCAGACGCUCGUCGUUCAGUCCUUCCUCAGAGCCUUCCAGUCCCACAAGGAGGAGAACUGGGCGCUGCCGGUGAUGUUCGCCGUCACUCUGGAUCUGAGGAUCUUCGCCAACAACGCUGAGCAGCAGCUGCAGCAGAAGGCUAAAGGUCAACCAGGAGAGAUGCUGGAGAAAGCAGCCGAACGCUGUAACUCUCUGUGACGUUGUCUCUGCAGUCGAGCAGGAAUCGAGGACUCUAAGAAGUGGGGGAUGAUGUUUCUGAGCAACCAGCUCUUCAAGAUUUACUUCAAGAUCAAUAAGCUGCACCUGUGUAAGCCUCUGAUCAGAGCCAUCGACAGCUCCAACCUGAAGAACGACUACAGUCCUGCUCAGAAGGUCACCUACAAGUACUACGUGGGCCGCAAGGCCAUGUUCGACAGCGACUUCAAGCCAGCUGAAGAGUUUCUGUCCUUCGCCUUCCAUCACUGUCAUCGAUCGAGUCAGAAGAACAAGAGGAUGAUCCUGAUUUACCUGCUACCAGUCAAGAUGCUGCUGGGUCACAUGCCGACGCCUCAGCUCCUCAGGAAGUACGACCUCAUGCAGUUCGCUGACGUCACCAAGGCUGUGAGUGAAGGAAACCUGCUGCUGCUCAAUGAAGCUCUGAACAAACACGAGACGUUUUUCAUCCGCUGCGGCAUUUUCCUGAUUCUGGAGAAGCUGAAGAUCAUCACCUACAGGAACCUGUUCAAGAAAGUGUACCUCCUGCUGAGGACCCACCAGCUGCCUCUGGACGCCUUCCUGGUGGCUCUGAAGAUGAUGCAGGUGGAGGACGUGGACAUCGACGAGGUGCAGUGCAUCCUGGCCAACCUGAUCUACAUGGGCCACAUUAAAGGCUACAUCUCCCAGCAGCACCAGAAGCUGGUGGUCAGUAAACAGAACCCGUUUCCUGCUCUGUCCUCUGUCUCCUGAACCACGUUACCCACGAUGCCGCGGGGCGGCUGCUCACUUGGAGCUCCUGUCCUCUUUUUUUCUACUGUGACUGUUGAAUAAAACUUGUGCUGGUUUGUA